UUGGCUUGGCAACGGCAGUAGCGUUAGCUGGGUUAGCUUGCUGUAGUUGUCGACUUCUCAAAACGCGUCCUCCUAAACACAACACUGGUGUGUAUUAUUGUGGAAACUACUUUUAUUUGCGUCUCUGAAGAUGAUUGACUCUCUAAGUUCUUUGGGUGCAAAAGUUGUCGUUGCUUCGUCCAGCGAUGAGAAUCACCCACCAGAAAACAUCACUGAUGGUCACACUAACACGUUUUGGAUGUCCACCGGGAUGUUUCCUCAAGAGUUCAUCAUCCGCUUUGCUGAUCCCACGAACAUUUCUGCUGUGACAGUGGACAGCUAUAAUGUCAGGCAUCUAAAGAUAGAGAAAAACACCUCAGAAAAUGCUUCUCAGUUUGAGUCUGUCACAGAGAAAGAAUUUGAACAUACAGAGGGAUGUCUUCAGUCAAAUGCAAUUUCGCUAAAUGGAGGCAGUGCAACUCACCUUCGUUUUAUCAUCACCUCAGGAUAUGAUCACUUUGUCUCUGUGCACAGAGUUAGUGUACAAAAUUGACACACUCGAUUGUUGUGAAUAAAAGCCUUGUGAUGUAUUUUUUGUAUAUAUGUUUAUGACAUUAUUUGACCAUUGUAAAAAUAACUAGAUCUCAUUAUAGGCUCCGUCUGUUUUUAAACACACACAGACACUGACAUCUUGUCCCUGGUGGCAGACAGCUUUAACAGUAACUGGGAAUCUGAUAAGCAUAUUCCAUGAAUAUGUGAGGAACAUUGAUUUGGAAAAUCAAUGAAUGCAUGUCUAACAUUUAUUUAAUCACCUUAAUCAGUGAAGUUGUAUUUGCAGACAAAGCAUACAAUGGCAAGCUGAAGUGCAUUUUAAAAUCUGGCCUCCAAUUCCGAAAUAAAGCUUAAACCCAUUCUC